AAAACAAUAUCGUAUUUUUCCUCCCUAGGAUAUUUCAUACCUUUCAGUGACGCUAAUUACGAAGAACGUGUACAGAAAAUAAAAUUUAACGAUGUAAUCGAUGCAAAAUUUGGUUAUGAACGUUAUACGGGAUCUACAGAAAGAGAUGCAUGGCUUAUUAAUUUUCAGCCGGCGGAAUUGGUAGACGAGCUAACAAAAACGAUAAUAUCUGCUGUAGAUUUUUACUUCGUCGAGGAAAGUGGCGAAAGAUUCAAGAUAUCGUAUCCCUUCCGACCGUAUUUUUAUAUAAGUGCUACCGAUGGUGCAGAGCAUCACGUAGCAUCAGUUCUCUCGAAGAAAUAUGGAGGGUUCUUAGUGGUAGAAAUAGUCGACAAGGAAGACUUGGAUUUGAAAAAUCAUCUAUCGGGGCUCAAAAAAACAUACAUCAAGCUGUCUUUCCCAAGUUUAGCUGAACUUACAAAGGUGAAAAGGGAUCUUAUGCCGCUUGUUCGUAAGAAUAAAAUUAGGAUCAAGAAAGAAUCGCAGUAUUGCUCAUACCUUGCAAGAAAUAUGGGUGGAUCCAACUACGAUAUGCGAGAGAAUGAUGUUCUGAAUGACAUAUUGGAUAUUCGAGAGCAUGAUCUGCCGUACCAUAUGAGAGUAGCCAUCGAUGAAAAGUAUUUUGUUGGCAAAUGGUAUAAAGUGAAAGGUAUCAGCUCAACAAGAAAACCUAGCAUCGUUAGCCAUCCCACUUUGAUCGACCCAAUAGAGCCGGUCGUUCUGGCUUUCGAUAUUGAAACUACAAAACUUCCCCUGAAAUUUCCUGAUCCGGCCAUGGAUGAGAUAAUGAUGAUAUCUUAUAUGGUCGAUGGAAAAGGUUUUCUUAUCAUUAAUCGUGACAUCGUCGCAGCUGAAAUAGAAAGUUUUGAGUACACACCUAAGGAAGAGUACAAAGGAGAAUUUUUCAUCUUCAAUGAACCCGAUGAAACAGCUACAAUUCGAAGGUUUUUCGACCAUAUUCUUCAAAUUAAGCCGAACAUAAUUGUGACGUACAACGGAGACUUCUUCGAUUGGCCAUUCGUUGAAACGCGAGCCCAAAUAAGAGGUAUGGGAAUGGAGAGUGAAAUAGGAUUCGCAAAAGAUUCUGCCGAUGAAUUCAAAAAUCGAAAUUGUAUCCACAUGGAUGCUUUCAGGUGGGUGAAACGCGAUUCAUACUUGCCUGUUGGUAGUCAGAAUUUGAAAGCCGUUGCGAAGGCUAAACUACGAUAUGAUCCUGUUGAAGUCGAUCCUGAAGAGAUGUGCAAAAUGGCCAGGGAAGAUCCUCAAAGUCUAGCGAAUUACUCAGUAUCUGAUGCUGUCGCUACUUACUAUCUGUACAUGAAAUAUGUUCAUCCAUUCGUUUUUGCCCUUUGCACGAUUAUUCCACUCGGGCCAGAUGACGUGCUCAGAAAAGGCUCCGGCACCCUGUGUGAAGCACUUCUCAUGGUAGAGGCUUUCCACAACAACAUAGUGUUCCCUAACAAGUAUACUGAAGAUGACGAGAGCAAAUCCACGAAGGACGGACAUCGGAUCGAGUCUGAAACGUACGUUGGAGGCCAUGUAGAGGCGCUGGAAGCUGGAGUUUUCCGUGCCGACAUUCCUUGCAGAUUCCGUUUGGCACCAUCUGCAUUGAAGAGCCUUCAUGACUCUGUUCAUGAUACACUGGCGAAAGAACUUCUUCGGGAAUAUAACAUACCUGUAGAGAAUGUUAUCGAUUUUGAUGAGAGGUGUGCUGAGGUUCAGCAAGCAUUCAAUGACCUGAUGGCAAUCCCGGCCAGGAUGGAAAACCCGCGUAUCUACCAUUUGGAUGUUGGAGCGAUGUACCCGAAUAUUAUCCUUACAAAUCGAUUGCAGCCUUGUGCAAUGGUCAAUGAGGAAAUAUGUAUGGCAUGUUCGUACAACCGCCCUGAUGCUAAAUGUAAAAGAGUGAUGAGCUGGGAAUGGAGAGGGGAAUUAACUCCUGCCACAAGAGGCGAACUCCAGCAGAUUAUUCAACAGCUGGAAGGUGAAACUUUUGGUAAACCACCGAAACCAUUCCAUCAGUUGGAAAAGGCUGAAAGACAAACUAUUGAGAAAAAGAGGAUACAAGACUAUUCCCGCCGUGUAUAUGGUAGAACUCACCUUACUCGCCUAGAAAUGAGACAGACUAUGAUAUGUCAACGUGAAAACGCCUUUUACGUCGAUACAGUUAGAGCUUUCCGCGACAGACGAUACGAUUACAAGGAGUUGUUGAAGAAAGCCAAAUCAUCGCUCGAUGAAUUGUCCAAAGACGAUAUCGCUGGAAUUAAAGCUGCCAAAGGUCGUAUCGUGCUGUAUGAAUCCUUACAACUUGCCCAUAAAUGUAUCCUCAAUUCAUUUUAUGGAUAUGUGAUGCGAAAAGGCAGUCGAUGGUUUUCUAUGGAAAUGGCUGGUAUCGUUUGCUAUACAGGAGCCCAGAUCAUCACUGAAGCAAGAAAACUUGUAGAACAGAUAGGAAAGCCACUUGAAUUGGAUACUGAUGGAAUAUGGUGCUUACUGCCUGCGUCUUUUCCUGAAAACGUGACUUUUGCUCUACAGAACUGCAAAAGGAAAUCGAUCACAAUCUCUUAUCCUGGUGCUAUGCUGAACGCCGUUGUGAAUAUGGGCUUCACAAAUGACCAGUAUCACAAUUUGCAACCAGACGGUUCUUAUACGAUUUCAAAAGAGAAUUCUAUCUUUUUUGAGGUUGACGGGCCGUACCAGUGCAUGGUACUUCCUGCUUCAAAGGAAGAGGGUAAGAAACUCAAGAAGAGGUACGCGGUCUUCAAUUUGGAUGGAUCCUUGGCAGAAUUAAAGGGAUUCGAGGUGAAACGACGUGGUGAACUGAACAUUAUUAAACAUUUCCAGUCAGCAGUCUUCAAGGCAUUUCUUCGUGGAACGACACUGGCUGAAGUCUAUGAUAGCGCUUCACGUGAGGCAGAUCAUUGGCUUGACGUUUUGUUCUCAAAGGGAGGCUCACUGUCCGACAUGGAACUGUUUGAUCUAAUUUCUGAAAACAGGAGUAUGUCAAGAAAAUUAGAAGAUUAUGGGGCCCAGAAAAGCACGAGUAUAAGUACAGCUAAGAGAUUAGCUGAAUUCCUUGGUGCUGAUAUGGUCAAGGAUGCCGGUCUCGCAUGUAAAUUUGUAAUUUCUCGUCAUCCCAUCGGUGCACCGGUGACUGAUCGGGCUGUACCCAUUGCUAUUUUCCAGGCAGAAGAGAAGGUCAGAUGUCAUUACCUAAGGCAGUGGACGAAGCAGCCUGGUCUGCCUGCGGAAAAAAUGAACAUAAGAGAGAUUUUGGAUUGGGAUUACUACAUUGAGCGACUCGGAAGCUGUAUACAAAAGAUCAUAACUAUUCCUGCAGCUUUGCAAGGAUUGCCCAACCCCGUUGAAAGGAUUCCACACCCGGAUUGGCUUGCCAAUAAAAUAAAGAAUAGAUUCGAUGCCGUCCGUCAGCCAAGAAUUACGGAUCUUUUUCAAAAGAAGGCACCAGAUGAGAUACCUCUCACCAUCAAUGACAAUGGAAAGCGCAGUCGUGAUGAAACGGAGCAGGAAGAGAUAAGUGAUAAAGAUGAGGAGAACAAAGAGAACGACCCUAAGAAGCAGCGUGCAAUCCCUGAGGCUAUGUCCCAAACAACCACUGAACCUCUUGCCAUGAAGACACUGGCACGAGACGGUUUCGACGAAUGGUUGCGCUACCUGAAGAAAAAAUGGCGUCUAGCUAAAGUUAACAAUCUUACAAGGAGGAGGGAUAGGGGAGCCACGAUGGUGGAGCGAAUGCUAUCAAAUACGCGGGAAUCGAUGCGCGAAAGGAUAUGGCAAGUGCUGUCUCUAGAGGAAACGAGGACACCUGGUAUAUACAACAUUUGGGUGGCGCUCGAAGGUCGAAUGGAGAGGUUCCAGCUUCGAGUCCCACGGAUUGUGAUCAUAAAUGAAAGGGAACCCUCAGAAGGCAAAGAAGUGGUGCGUCGAGUACUGCCUCAUCAUAAACCAGUGUACUACUUGUAUGAACAUAUCAUAAGUGGGAACGCCGAGCAAAAGUUGAUGAACGAGAUCAAUGAGAAACUGUGCUGUUCACGUACUGAGGGUAUUUACGAGUCUCAGACUCCGUUGAUGUUUCGGGCGUUGACACAGAUUGGAUGUCUCUGUCGUCCAAUGGCUCCACCGAUUGGAGGAGUCUACUCGCUGGAGACCCUGAGGAUGAUCUCGACAGACCAGUCCUAUCUAUCCCAUGACUCCAUUCGAAGCAUAUUCUUGUACAAAUUUGCUCAGGAUACACGACAAGUAUGGGCGAUGGUUGAUUCCGCUUCCUCAACAGGAUUCUUUUUCAUAGUUCAACGUGGGGAAGUGGCAAUGCCUAAUGUUGACAGAGUAUAUUCUCAAUCCUACGACGAAGAAAAGGACUUGAUGGCGUCCAAAAGCGAUGUUCCCCAAGGUAUUAAAUUUGCAACACGCCAUUUUCGCGUUGCAGCCGAGGCUGAGAAGGAAGUUAACAAGAUGUUACGGGUGAGUCGAGAGGCUAGCGCGAAACCAACGCUGCUAUGUCUUCUUGUUGAUGAAGAACCACGGGCCAUGAUGAAGAGGAUUGUGCACCUCUCGCUGUUCCCUCAUAUCCGAAUUCAUGUCCAAGAGCCGCAGUCAUUAUUAAAUGUGAUGGAAUGGCAACGUGUUGUAGCGAAACGAGUCUGCAAGCAUUAUUUCAAUAGCUUCAUUUACGUAAAAGAUUAUAUCGAAUGGGCUUGUUACCUCAAUAUUCCUAUUGGCAGCGUACCUAAUGACGCGGGUCUCUUUGGGUUAGAUUUGUUCUUUGCUCGCAACCUACAGAGAGCUGGACAUGUCCUUUGGGCCUCACCAUCAAGUCGACCCGAUCUCGGAGGAAAGGAGCUGGAUGACCUCCGUCUGAGUGCAGAUUGGAGGCCACUGACAUCAGAUGAAACGGUUUUGCUGAAUACACCGUCAUUUUGCGGAAGUAUAUGCAUCGAGUUUGCACUAGAAGCCGUUGCGGUCACCGCGUUAGUUCAACGAGGAAGAUUGUUAGAAGCUGAAGGAGCUGAUGAUACAGUUGCAUUCGAUUCAUCAGUCGCAUUGCCAUUGGAAAUAUAUAAUGGAUUACGGAACACAAUCUCGGCUUUUGAUGAAGGUGCUGCUGUGGAUGCUGCUCUGAAGGUACUGAAGCAGAUGCUAACAGAAUGCGUGCGAGAUAUUGCUCAUAGCGCCAACAAGCGAGCCGAUCAGGUUGUCAUGUCGCUAAGCAGAGAAUUCAGAUGGCUACACUCUUCGAAUGCGCUCUUGUUUGAUUCGGCUAUUACUAGGAGUGUCGCUAUUCUAGAAAAGAAACUCGUUCUUCUGCUAGCAGCCGAGUGCGAGCGACUCGGGGCAAAGGUACUUGUUAUCAUUCACGCCACGCCGACACGUUUGGUUUUGGAUACUGGAAAGUACGAAUUGGAUCAAGGAAAGGCGUUCACAGAUCUUUUGCUGCAAUCACUUGGACAGAAUCCUCUUUUUGCUGCUUUGAAUAUGAGAUCAGUUCGCGUUUGGAGUACCUUGUUGUGGUAUGACGGACAUAAUUUCACUGGUAUUUGCGAAAAGUUGGUCGAGAGUGUUGAUGAGGGCAGCCAGCCCAGUCAACAACUCAAGGCGGAAACUCAGCACUACUGGCGGAUGUCCGAUGAUCUCCCGAUCGAAGGGGCUAUUCGUGAAGAGUUUCGGAAGAUUGUGACGGGAUACGUGAUGUUGUUCAUGCAGGAGCAGCGGAAGAUGAACUUUGACGCGGAAUCGGCAGUGAAGUUCCGUAAUGAUCUGAUAAGGCAGCAUAUCGGACAUCGCUUAUUCCGAGUCAUUUCGAAACUAGCCGGUCAAAGUCUUACACACAAUGCGGCUGCCUCGCUUGUUAAUGUGGUAUGCUUCAUUUGCACAGCGCUGUUGUGUGAUUCAGCUGUCGACGACAGUGUUGAGGGACUUCGAGAAAACCUUCAGCGAAUACUGGAUACUCGAGAAUUCCCUCCAACCCGAAAUACCGUGUAUCUAUCAAAUCUAUUCUGCAGUAACUGUUCCUUGGCUACUGACAUCGAUGUGGGAGACGAGUUGUCAUGGACCUGUAAGGAAUGUGGACAGUCAUUCGCAAAAUCGGAUAUCGAUCAGAUGAUUUCCGAUCGAUUAAACAUGCUUAUGACGGCUUAUCUACUUCAGGAUCAUGUUUGUACUAAAUGCAGAUCAAUCCGAAGAGAUAACAUUUCAAAAUACUGCGAAUGUUCGGGUGUAUUCGCGAAUACGAUCACUACCGCUGAACUACUGCGGGAUGCGAAAACUGCCUGCGAUAUUGGCAAACAGUUCGAUCUACCCAUUACCGUUGAAAUCAGCCAGUGGAUGAGUGCAGGGGUAGUACAGGUGGACGGGUGA